UUUUUUCACUCACAGAUAUAUAUACAAUUUGAUCUUUCCUUUUAUUCCUCGACCAAAAAAGUGUUCAAAAUUUUAUUUACAUCUUUAAAAACACACACUAUAUCAUCAAGACAAUAUGGCUGAUGCGACGGAGAAAGCCGAACACGACCGUAUAUUCAAGAAAUUUGAUGCUAACGGCGACGGUAAAAUUUCAGCAGCCGAACUAGAAGAAGCUCUAAAGACACUUGGUUCGGUAUCGCCUGAUGACGUGAAGCGUAUGAUGGCUGAGAUUGAUACCGAUGGUGAUGGAAACAUCUCGUAUCAAGAAUUCACUGAUUUUGCAGCUGCAAAUCGUGGACUUAUGAAGGAUGUUGCCAAAAUUUUCUAAAAUGUAUUUGCCAUAUCCUUUUUCAUUUGAAAUGUCUGAAUUUUUUUUUUAUUGAGAGAUUUGGUUCUAAGCAUCGCAAAAAUUUUCUUUUGUUAUCGUAACUCUCGGUGAAUUUUAAUUUAUAUCCUAAAAAUAUCAUGUAAUGUGAUGGGUGGUUUUGGAUCAUUGUUGAAAAGAGAACUAUACAGUACA